AUGUCGUCGCUCCUGUCGCCCUUCAACUUCGGGCAGAAGCACGCAUACUUCCACGUCAACGUCACCAUCCACGAGCUCACCAACGUACCGUUGGUCGCAGGCCACUUUUCCUGCAAGUGGGCCGUCCGGGGCCACCACUCGCUCGCUGCGCUCCAGCAUUCGGCCACUGCGGCGGCACAGCAGCACGGCCACAUCCUCCAUCCCUCGUCGCAGCAGCAGCAGCAGCCGCACCCUUCUCACCCUCAGUCCAGCUCCGGUAGCGCCAUCGAUGCGGACAAGUCGAGCAGCAGCCUCCCGAGGCAGAGCUCCGACUCUCCCGACCUGCCGUCCGCCUCGUCGUCGCGCACCAGCUUCGGGCAGCACAGUCACCUGGCAAGGUCUCAGAGAUCCCCGACCGAGGUGACCGUCACCGAGGCCCCGGAAGACACCGCCGGCCGCGACGGCCCUGCGGCGUCCGGCCACACCUCGUCCGCCCGCUCCCUUCGUCACAGCUCCUCGAGAGCCACGAUAGGCUCCACCGUCUCGUCGCUCCGGCCCGCCUCGGCCGCUGGGGACUCGACGUACCCACGCACUCCCGAGCCCCACCGCGUCAAUUUCUUCACCGAUGUCGUCGACAGGAUCAAGGCUCGUCACGGCGCUCGCGACGUGAACAAUGACGAGGACGAUGCCGGGGAAGGGGAGGACGCCGAUGAUAUCGAAAACAGCGGGACGCUCUCGUCCGCUGCGGGCUCCUCGUCCAGGGUCACGCUCGAUGUCUCGAACGGCCGCGACGACGCUUCCAUCGCUGGCGCCGAGGGGAUCUCCGCGCCCCGUCUCGCGCGGCGGGGCAGCGGGGCGAGUCGCCGCACCACGGCCUCGACCAAGACGUCGGCCUCGAAAGGGUCAAGGAAGGCCGCCUCCAUCCACGCCGACGGUCAGCAGCCCGCCCUGGAUCCGUUCCUCUUCUUUCGCCAGCAGCCCAAGGGCGAGACCGAUUACCGGCCGGUGCGCGACAACGCCGUCAAGUGGAACACGUCGCUCCAGGUCGGCGUCAAGGUGCCCAUCGACCGGUCCAAGCCAGCUAGCACCCACCCGAGCGGCUCCUCGACUCCCAGCCACUACAGCCGCGACGCGUCCACCGCCGACAGGGGCUCGCGCGGCAGCAGGCGGGACGGACAUGGACAGGGCCAGGACGUCAAGGCCGCGUGGGGAAGCCUGCUCUCGUCGGAGCUCAAGAUUACCAUUCGGCAGGACCUUCCCUCUUCUUCGAGGAGCGACGAGAUUCCUACCAAGAUGGGCCACGUCACCCUGAACCUUGCCGAGUAUGCACCAGACCCGCCCGCGGCGAGCCCCACGGGACCCAGCCGCGACCCUCAUCACCACCACCACCACCAUCACCACCACCAUCACCAUCAUCACCACCAUCACCACCAUCAGUCGCACUCGAACUCGCCGGCACGGACGAGCCGCAGCGAGACCCGCCGCUAUCUGCUCAACGAGAGCAAGACCAACGCGACACUCAAGGUCACGGUCGAGAUGACGUACGUUGGCGGCGCUCGCGAGUACGCCGUCCCCUCGCUCUCCAAGGGCCUGAUGGCCGGUGGCGUCUCGCAGAUGAUGGAUGGCCUCACUGGCGUGCUCGACUGGUACAACCGCCGCAACCAGGCGCACGGUCCCAGCAGCUCCGUCGCUCGCGACUCCCGGAGAAGCAGCAGCUCGGAUAGCAGCAGCCUCCGCAACGACGUCUCCUCGACGUCGGCCGCUGGCGCCAUGACCAAUUCGCUGAGCCUGGCGCCCGGCAGUGCCAACCAGCGUGGCUUCCCGGGCAGCAAGGUGCCGAGCGGCAGCAGCCUCUCGCUGCCGCAGCAGAUCUCCUCGGCCGCCACCUACCUCAGCCCGGCGCUCCAGAACGCCAACAAGCGCAAGGUGCCGAACCGGAUCCCGUCGCGCAGCCUCAUGGACUCGACGACGGCCGCAGGCGCCGCUACAUCCUCGUCGACUGCAUCACAGCCUUCCGGCCGCUCCCAUCGCGGCGGCGGCGGCGGCAGCGCGGCCCAAGCGAACACCGCCAACUCCUUUUCCUUCUCCAGCAGCGCCCACUACCAGCACGACAAGCCGCCCGAGGACGUUGUCAACGCCAUCUUCAGCGGGGUCGGCAGCAGGAACCGGAGCGGCAGCAGCAGCCAGCGGCAGACCCAAGCGCGGAAUCCGGCCGACCAGCAGCAGUCCGCCCUCGAUCAGCUCCUCUCGGCCACCGUCACGCGGUCGGAUCGGGUUCCAAGGAGCGGACCCUCCUCGGCGCCACCGACAUCCCAGGGCGGCAUGGGCGGCGUCGGCCUCGGCGCUCGUCCGGAGCUGCGGUCGAGGAAGGUCAGCACGGCCAGCAACAUCUCGAACAGGUCCAAGCGGUCGGAGCGCUCCUUCCUCUUCGGAGGCGGCGGCAGCGGCAAGGGGGCGGACAAGGACAAGGACAAAGCCAAGGCGAACAAGAAGGCGGCCAGGGAAGGCGGCGAUGACGCGAGCCCGACCGCGUCGCUCAAGGCGCUGCCACCAGGCGGAGCCGCCGAACGAGGCGACGGCGGGUCGUCUGCAUCCGCCAGUGUCGUCGCCUUCGACAUGGCCACGGGCAGCAGUGGCGUCGUCUCCUCGUCGGCAGGCGACGCGAGCGUCGACGCUGAUGGUGGCUCAAACGGGCUGCGCCCGCCAGCGGCUGGCAAGAGACAGCCGAGCAUCCGCUGGGACAUCGACCGCAGCAGUGGCGACCCAGACGUCGGCCAAGGCGGCUCGGCCGAGGCCGGCGGCGACGACAGCUCUGGGAAACCACCAGCGUCGGAUCGCGACCUGCUGAAGCCUCCGUCUGUCGUCAUCGGACACGCCUACGUGCCCAUCCGAGCGGGCGGGAUCCAGGCAGCGUCGCGCUCGGAUCUCGACCUCGACCACGUGUCGUCCAUCGAGAGCCUGGCGGCGGACCCGACUCGGCGAUCAGGCGCCACCAAGCCCGGGGCGGAAGGGCAGCUACCAACGCCACCCUCGGCUCCGACCUCGCUACCGCCAUCGCUGACCUCGGGUUCUGCGACGCCUUUCGAGGUCAGCGACGGCAACCUCGCCAUGGGCCUCGGGCUGAGGCUUGAAGGUGAGCCGCUGCGGGCCCGUCCGCGGCUGGCGUCCCACCACUCGGAGAGCAACGUGUCGAUGCUGCGGGCAGGCUCGGGGCUGUCGCGGUUCGAUGUCCUGGCAGAUGACCAGGGUCUGCCCUCGACAUCCCCGUCGUCGUCGUCGUCGUCGCCGGUCACCGCUGCUGCCCUCGCGGCCGAGCAAGCGGCCAGACCGCCGCUGCCGGCCGGCCUCGCUGCGCCCGCCCCGCAACACGACCGCAACCGCAAGACGAGCGCUAGCGAUCUGCGGUCGACGUACCGCACCCAGCUACCGUUCGCCUCGGGCCUGGGCUCGGGCGCCGUCGUCGGCCUCGAACGCAUCCGCAAGACGUCGAGGGCGAUGGGCGAGUACGCCAAGGACAAGUUCAACAACCACCUCGCCAUGGUCCGCUCCCACACCUCGGGCCACGGCGGCAGCAGCGGUGCCGGGAGUCGGAGGGACGCGGCGCUCAAGGAGGGCGGCGGGGCCGUGUCGGGCGGCGGUCGCAAGGUGUCCAAGGGCGUGCUCGGCGUCGAGCCCAACGAGGCCGUGUCGCGCGGCUGGAAGGGCGCCGGCUGGCGCAUCGCCCUCGAGCCCGAGAUCAUCAACCCCUUUGUCCAGCGGCAGCAGGAGCAGCCCGCCACGCUCUCGAGGCCGGCUCACCUCCAUGCGCGGCAGAACUCGGACAUCUCCGUCUACUACGACGUCGACGACGACGAGACGCUCCUCGAGGAUGACACCGACGGCGGCGAUGAUGGGCGUGCGACCGGACCGGGCGCUGCGACAGCGGCGGCGUCGGGCGCGGAAGAGGAGGCGGCGAGGAAGGCCGCCGAGGUCGAAGGGCGACCGAGCGACAGCCGCACCGUCGUCCAAGCUGGCGGCGACGAGCCGCCCAUCGACGUGCUGGCAAAGAAGAAGGUGGCCUUCCCCAGCGUCGUGGCGAUCACGGCCGCCGCCGCGCUGUAG